GCGCGACAGAGGGAGCGGAAACUGUCACCGCUCACCUCACAUGUGGAUUUUAACUGCAGUGCUUGAAACGUGUUUGUGUUACUGGAACUCGCUAUGACCUGCGUGGGUUCCUGUGAAUCGAUUAGCUGUUUAUAAAGCGAUCGGAACUGGACCGUUACCGGUACCGAUAAUGGAGAACCUGGAAGUCAGCCUGUCUGCCCUGACCAUCAUAUCCAGACAUGUGGACAAGAGUCGGAACCAGAUCAGCCAGUAUCUGUCCAAACAGAUAUGGACUCAGCAGGACAGGCAGAGCAUUUUGGAUUAUUUGGCUCAGCUCCUCUUGGAGAAGGAUUACACUCUGCUGGUCGCCCGUCACGUCCGCCCGCUGAUCCUCGACCUGCUAGAGCGCAGUGCGUACCGGGUCAAAGCUGGCGGCAGGAUAAACCACGACCUCCAUGAGCGCCUGUGUGUGGCUCUCAGUCGACUCCUGAGCAUCAGCCCCGACGCCCACGCGUUCGCUGUGCGGUACUUCAGCAGUGCCCCCCCGGUGUUCCAGAGGCUGUUCUUCACCAGCGAACAGUCAGCGGCUGUCCGGUAUGGCCCCAGGAGGAUGAAGCUCCGCGACCUGAUGGCCGCCACGCUGCGCUUCCUCCAGAGCGACUGUGCAACGUUUCGGAAGCUGUGGGACUGGAGUCCCUGCGUCUCACAGCUACUGACCAGUGAUGUCAUGGUCCGGGGGUCCACGGCUCAGUGCUUAGCGCUUGUCUGCCACAUGACUGACAACCAGAAAGCCAUCUUCCUGAGGAAGGUUCUGACGAACGACGAGAUCCUGCACAUGAAAAUAAAAGCUUUGGAGGAAAGUCGGCAGAUGGAGGCAGAGAAGGCUCUGGUGUUAGCCAAUCCCAGAUCAGUGAGGUGGCACCAGGAUCUGGCUCACAGGUUCACCAGGGGCCAGGUAGUGUCAGAGGACCUGUCCCCAAACGUUGUAGCUGUGUGCGGGGUUGUUCUGCCCAGGAUGGCUCCCCGACACGUUGAUCAGGUCGACACCAACCUGGUCCUGGUGGACUCCACCUGCCAGAACCUGAGGAGGCUGGCGUUGGCCGUGGCUUCCCACAAAGCCGUGCUCCUGGAAGGUCCGAUCGGCUGCGGGAAAACCGCUCUGGUGGAGUUCAUGGCGGCCGUAACCGGACACACCAAAGCUGCAGACAUUCUGAAGGUCCAGCUGGGGGAUCAGACCGACAGCAAGAUGUUGCUGGGGAUGUACCGCUGCACCGACGUACCAGGGAAGUUUGUGUGGCAGCCAGGAACCCUGACACAGGCUGUUUCCAAAGGCCUCUGGAUCCUGCUGGAAGACAUUGACCAUGCACCUCUGGACGUGAUUUCUGUCCUGCUGCCUUUGAUGGAGAACAGAAAGCUGAUGAUUCCAGGACGGGAAGACUGCAUCGAAGUUGCUUCUGGAUUCCAGUUUUUUGCAACCAGACGGAUGUACUAUAGUAGUGGCAACUGGCACAAACCACAGAACUCCCAUGCAGCUUUGCUGGACAAGUACUGGACCAAGCUGCAAAUGGGGAACAUGAGCCAAGCAGAGCUGAAGAAGGUCCUGGUCCACAGGUACCCCAUGCUGGCGGUGGUGUCAGACCGUCUCCUGGAUAUCUACUGCCAGUUGACGGGUGACAGACACUCUGAGGUGGACCCCAGCAGCAUGGAGGCCUCAUCGGAGAGACAGCAGGAACAGCCUGAGGACAAAAGCAGCUCAUUGGAGGGGAGGGCUCUGUCAGUAAGGGACCUGCUGAAGUGGUGUGAGCGCAUCAGUGUGAACUUUGACAGCUCUUCCUCUGCCACAGCUCAGCGAGUCUUCCUCGAGGCUCUGGACUGCUUCACCGCCAUGCUGUCCCUCCCUGCUAGCAGACUGCGAAUGGCCGAGAUCAUCGGAAGCAAGCUCAACAUCUCCAAGGAGAAGGCGCAGCACUUCUGCCAGCUGUAUCAGCCCAGCGUCUCUCUGACCGAGCUGCAGGCGGCGGUGGGCAGAGCCGCUCUGACCCGGAAGCAGGCCGAGGCCGUGCAGCUGAGCUUCCAAUGCAGUAAGCAGACGUUCGCCGCCACCCGACCAGCCGCCGUCCUGCUGGAGCAGCUGGCUGUCUGUGUGGCGAAGGGGGAGCCAGUCCUCCUGGUUGGAGAGACCGGAACAGGAAAGACCUCCACCGUGCAACACCUGGCCUCCAUCACUGGUCACAAGCUGCGUGUGGUGAACAUGAACCAGCAGAGUGACACCGCCGACCUUCUUGGAGGCUACAAGCCAGUAGACCACCGUCAGAUCCUGCUGCCUCUGCGGGAGGCUUUUGAAGAGCUGUUCUCCCAGACCUACUCACGGAAGCAGAACCUGACCUUCCUGGGCCACGUGCAGACCUGCUUUAGAGAGAAGCGCUGGCAGGAUCUGCUUCGACUCAUGGACCACGUCUGCAAGUCUGCUCUAGCUAAGGAGCUGGAAGAAAAGGCUGGAGAUUCCUCUCUACUGGGGCAGUGGGAGGCUCUGACUUUAAAACUGAGCCAGACGCAGCAGCAGAUCCGAGCCUGUGAAACGGCCAUGGUGUUUGCCUUCGUGGAGGGCUCUUUAGCCCAGGCUGUGAAGAAGGGCCACUGGAUCCUGCUGGAUGAGAUCAACCUGGCAGCAGCAGAGACCCUGGAGUGUCUGAGCGGACUGCUGGAGGGCAGUGCUGGCUCUCUGGUCCUGCUUGACCGUGGAGACACAGAGCCUCUGGUUCGCCAUCCGGACUUCCGCCUCUUUGCAUGCAUGAACCCAGCGACUGAUGUUGGGAAGAGGAACCUUCCUCUGGGGCUCAGGAACAGGUUUACUGAGCUGUAUGUGCAUGAGCUGGAGAACGAGGGAGACCUGAGGAUCCUCGUCUCUGACUACCUCAAGUGUUUGAACCCGCAGAAGAGCGUCAUCAGCGGCAUCAUAAGUUUUUAUUUGGCGGCGCGGAAGGAGGCCUCGUCCCGCCUGCUGGACGGAACCGGCCACAGACCCCACUACAGCCUGCGCACUCUGUGCAGGGCUCUGAGCUACGCGGCAGCGAACCCCUGCCACAGCGUCCAGCGUUCGCUCUAUGAGGGCUUCUGCAUGAGCUUCCUCACCCAGCUGGACAGGAGCUCCCACCCUCUGGUCCAGAACCUGGUGUGUCAGCACAUUCUAAUGGGGAACACCAAGUGCCUGAAACAAGCCAUCCCAGCUCCACCGGGCCGGGCCUGUGUUCAGAUGGAGGGCUACUGGGUUCCCCAGGGAGAACUGGAGCCUGCACUGGACCCCAGCUACAUCCUCACUGCUUCAGUGAAGCUCAACCUCCGGGACCUUUCCAGAGUGGUCUCUGCAGGGACGCACCCAGUGCUGAUCCAGGGAGAGACGUCUGUGGGGAAGACCAGCCUCAUCCGCUGGUUGGCCACGGCCACCGGAAACCAGUGUGUGAGGAUCAACAACCACGAGCACACCGACAUCCAGGAGUACAUCGGCUGCUACUCCUCAGACGACCGCGGAAAGCUGGUGUUCAAAGAGGGUGUUCUGAUCGACGCCAUGAGGAAAGGCUACUGGGUGAUCCUGGAUGAGCUGAACCUGGCCCCCACCGACGUCCUGGAGGCUCUCAACAGGCUGCUGGAUGAUAACCGGGAGCUGUUUGUGGCCGAGACUCAGGAAGUCAUCAAGGCUCAUCCUAGAUUCAUGCUGUUUGCAACCCAGAAUCCUCCAGGUCUCUACGGCGGCAGGAAGGUCCUCUCCAGGGCUUUCAGGAACCGCUUUGUGGAGCUUCACUUUGAUGAGCUUCCCAGUGGAGAACUGGAAACCAUCCUUCACCAGAGGUGCAGCUUACCUCCAUCCUACUGCAGCAAGCUGGUCAAAGUCAUGCUGGACCUUCAGUCUCUGCGCAGAGGAUCCUCUGUGUUUGCGGGGAAGCACGGCUUCAUCACGCUGAGAGAUCUGUUCCGCUGGGCGGAGCGCUACAGGCUGGAGGAGCAGACGCAGGCUUCCCAGGACUGGCUGCAGCAUCUAGCAGACGAUGGCUACAUGCUGCUGGCCGGACGGGUGAGGAAGCCGGAGGAGGAGGCCGUCAUCCUGGCCACCCUGCAGAAACACUUCAAAAGGACGGUGAACCCAGAGAACCUGUUCUCCCACAAACAGCUCAUCAGUCAGUUCAGCCCCCUCAUCGACAGCGGUGCAGGAGUCCCGGACGACUUCCGCCACGUGGUGUGGACCCAGGGUCUGAGGAGGAUAGCUGUGCUGAUAGGCCGGGCCCUGCACUUCGGGGAGUCGGUUCUGCUCGUAGGAGACACCGGAUGUGGGAAAACCACCAUCUGCCAGCUGUACGCAGCUCUGGCUGGACAGAAGUUCUUCUCUGUCAACUGUCACAUGCACAUGGAGACCUCUGACUUCCUUGGAGGCCUGCGGCCGGUUCGAUACGCCCAGCAGACUGUUGGGGAGGAGGUGCGGCUGUUUGAGUGGACCGAUGGACCGCUGGUGCUCGCCAUGAAGGAAGGAGGGGUUUUCCUCAUGGAUGAGAUCUCCCUGGCUGACGACUCUGUGCUGGAAAGGCUCAACAGCGUUCUGGAGACGGAGAAGUCCCUGGUGCUGGCAGAGAAGGGCAGCGGAGAUGACGACGACGUGGAGCUGAUCAGAGCUGCUGCUGGCUUCCGUCUGGUUGCCACCAUGAAUCCUGGUGGAGACUUCGGCAAGAAGGAGCUUUCUCCUGCCCUGAGGAACCGCUUCACUGAGAUCUGGUGUCCUCAGAGCAACAGCCACAGCGACCUGGUCCAGAUCAUCCGACACAACCUGCAGGCCGGGCUCUCCCUCCAUGGCUUGGACGUUGCAGAACUGAUGCUGGACUUCAUCGAAUGGCUGACCCAGCAGGACUUCGGCCGGCGCUGCAUUCUGAGCGUCAGAGACAUCCUGUCCUGGGUCAACUUCCUUAACGCUGUAUGUGAGCGGGACGAGGACAGCCUCAUGACCACCAGAGGAGCUGAAGAUGAGGAGGAGACAGAGUGGGACCUCAGACUGGACGCUGUCACGGCUUGUGUCCAUGCUGCAUGUUUGGUGUACAUCGAUGGCAUUGGCUCAGGAACCACAGUGUCCAGUGCAGACAGCGCCCUAUUUGCCCGUCAGAUGUGCCUUGGUUUCCUGCAGCAGCGGCUCAGUAAGAUGACCAAGCUUGACCAGGAGAUGCUGGAUGCCCUGAGAGUCUAUGACAGCCGUUUACCACGCGAACCUCAGUGGGGAGACGACUUCUUUGGUAUCAGCCCCUUCUACAUCCCCAUAGGACCUCAGACGGAUGGACGCAGCCUGCCGCAGUACGCCAUCACAGCAGGCACUGCAGCUAUGAACGCCCAGAGGCUUCUGCGAGCUCUCAAACUGCAGAGGCCUGUGCUGCUGGAGGGGUCCCCCGGCGUGGGAAAAACCAGCCUGGUGGCGGCGCUGGCCAAAGCCUCUGGAAACCAUCUGGUCAGAAUCAACCUGUCGGAGCAAACGGAUGUCACUGACCUGUUUGGGACAGAUCUUCCUGUGGAGGGGGGGAAAGGAGGAGAGUUUGCGUGGCGGGAUGGCCCCCUGCUGGCUGCUUUGAAGGCCGGCCACUGGGUGGUUCUGGAUGAGCUCAACCUGGCGUCUCAGUCGGUGCUGGAGGGUCUGAACGCCUGCUUUGACCACAGAGCUGAGAUCUACAUCCCUGAACUGGGCAUGAGCUUCCAGGUUCAGCAUGAGAAGACCAAGAUCUUCGGCUGCCAGAACCCCUUCACCCAAGGCGGGGGGCGCAAAGGGCUGCCCAAAUCCUUCCUCAACAGAUUCACCCAGGUUUUUGUGGACCAGCUCACCAGCAAAGACAUGGAGUUCAUCGGAAAUUCGAUUUUUCCCUCCAUUGAUACGGAAAUCAUUGGGAAAAUGGUUGAAUUCAAUAACAGGCUUGUUCAGCAGGUGUGCGUGGAGAGGCUGUGGGGGCAGAAGGGAAGCCCCUGGGAAUUUAACCUGCGGGACAUUUUCCGCUGGUGUCAGCUGAUGCAGACCGAUCAGUCUCCGGGAUUUUUUAACCCAGGCCAGCAUGUAGCCCUGGUGUAUGCUGACAGAAUGAGGACUGAGGCGGACAAGGCCAAGGUGCUGUUGGUGUUCAGGGAGGUGUUUGGGGAAGACUACGAGCCUUACUGUGGCUCCAAAGAGUUUCAUAUCACUCCUCUCAAUGUGCAGGUUGGCUUCUCUGUACUACAACGCUCCGGUGGGGCCCCCGUGACCCUUGACCCCCCGCUAUCUGUCACACACCAGUGCCUGAAGCCGUUGGAGUCGUUGAUGAAGUGUGUGGAUAUGGGCUGGAUGACCAUAGUAGUCGGUCCAACAGCCAGUGGGAAGACCGGCCUGGUGAGACUGCUGGCUCUGCUCACAGGACAUCGUCUCAGGGUCAUGGCCAUGAACAGCGCCAUGGACACCACCGAGCUCCUGGGGGGGUUCGAGCAGGUGGACAUCAUGCGCCCGUGGCAGCAAGUGUUGGAAAUGGUUGACUACACUGUUGCCAUGGUAACGAGGCGUGGGCUGAUGUCUCUGGACGACGGCACCCAGGACACUCAGUUCCUGCUGCAGACGUGGGGCGUGUUCUGCCAUUGGUUGAGAGAGAGAGGCCUCCAGAGAGCUGGAGGGACGGUGACCUCCGAGGCCGUCAACAAGCUGGAGGUCAUCAUCGUCCUCCUGCAAAAACUCAACACCAAACUCAAAGUGUUCACCGACAUGUCCAAGCUGCAGAUGGACUUCACUCUUCUGAAGGAGCGUCUGGCUCAGCUGGAGGAUGGCUGGACUAAUGGCGGCUUCGAAUGGUUGGAUGGGAUGUUGGUCCAAGCCCUGCAGGCCGGUGACUGGCUGCUAAUGGACAACGUCAACUUCUGCAGUGCCUCCGUCUUAGAUCGCCUCAAUGCUCUGCUGGAGCCCAACGGAUCACUGGCCAUCAAUGAACGCGGUGUCAUCGACGGGAAGACCCCCAGGAUCACCCCACAUCCCAACUUCAGGCUGUGCCUCACCAUGGACCCGGUUCAUGGGGAGCUGUCCAGAGCAAUGAGGAACAGGGGGGUGGAGAUCUACAUCCCAGGGGAACAUGAGGGGAUGUGCUGGGACUCGUUAGACCUAAAGACUCUGCUCCACUCUGCCGGCGUUCCCGGGGACUGUGUGUGUGAGCUGCUAAUGCAGAUCCACAGAGGCAUCCGCUCUGCCAUCUGGGACUCCCCGGCCUCCUCUGUGGCGUCCCUCCUCUACGCCGCCUCCCUGCUGUCCUCCCAGCUGCAGAGAGGUGCAGAUUUGCGCGGCGCCCUGCAGCACGCCUGUGCUGAGGCCUACUCAUUCUGUCAGCGCACCGUCGCUAACCAGAAGCGAGCCCAGCAGGUGAUUGAGGAGCACUUGGCCAUCCAGGAUGGGGGGGAUUGGGGUGAUGGGCUGCUGUGCGCCGGAGUUUGGCCCGACGGCCUCCCAUCAGCUCUUCUAUCCACCGAAGAUUCAUGCUUCUCGUCUGUUCUAAGAGACGGGCAGGUCCUCCUCUUCUGCCUUAACUCCCUCAGCCUGCAGGGAAAACGGAAUUCUCCAAUGACACUGAGGGACCUGCAGCAGGCCAUGCAGAGCGGCGGCGUCCGUGAAGACUCUGUGUUCUCUGGAGGAAAGCUGGAUCAGGAGGAGGGAGAUGCGCUCAGACUGCUUCCCACUGCAGUCAGGCUGGUGACGGAGAGAGCCUCUCAUGGAGAUUGGAUUCUUCGCAGCAGCUGGCUCUCUCACCUGAGCAAGAGCUUCAAAUAUCUCCCUGAGCCAGCGCUGGUCCAGGUGGAGGCAGGAAACCGUUCCCUGAAGGCUGUGUUCAGCAGCAGCCUCGCUGUAAAGGGCAGAACGCUGGCAGAGCUGCUCCAGCCUCACAGCAAAGAUGAAUACAGGAUCCUGAUGGACAUGCGCUGGAACAAACAGUACCUGGACAUUUUAACCAACCAGUGCAACUUUGAGGAUGAGGAGAGAUACACUGAGUUUCUAGAGGCUCUGAAUGCAGUGGCCAACAGGAUUGUUCUGAUGAUGGAGCGGGAGGAGCGAGCCGUCACCUGCUCCUCUACCAUCGAAGCAGCUCCUCAGAGUUCUGCUAUGAGAAUCUCCACAGCCUUCAGCAAAGGAACCAUAGACAUCAGUCAGCUGCCUCACCCCAUGUUGAUGCACCUGCGGCUUUUCUUCGACCUGUGGGACGCCUACGUGCUGCAGGCCGUGCAGAGUGGACUGCCCUACAUCUCUGAUCACGUCAUGUUUGAGAUCCUGCAGCUGCUCCAAUGGCGCGACCGUUUCUGGGACGUGUGCGUGGCGCUUCCUGCCGACUCUCAGGGCGUCGCAGUGCUGUCUCUGCACUGGCAGUGGGUGCAGAAGCACCUCAUCCUCCGCCUUCCUCAGCUGCUGAUGGGAGACACGGCUUCGACCUUGGAAGGUCAGCAGGAGCUGCAGGCCGUCUCUGCAGCCAUCCAGAACAUGAUAUCCACCCCGGUGUCUGUGGCUGCUGCUCUGAAAGGCAUCCAGAGGUCUCUGGGGAAAGCUCUGCCAUUCAAGCUGGAGUCGGUGGCUGAGUGCGCUUCUCGCCUGCGGCUCCUCAGUAAAGCUCUGGAUGCUAACGAGCUCCGGCUGGACGGCUCCUUCAGCAGCUGGAGGCAGGAGCUGAUCCAACUUCAGGGCGCCGGACUCUGGCUGGAUAUAAAGGAAAGCCUCCUAGAAGCAUCGGGUCUGGUUCUGUCAGCAAACAACCAGCUGGAUCCACAGCAGUCUGGGACACUGGAGAAGCUGGUGCUCAUUGUGGAGCAGCAGCAGUAUCACAUGACCUCCAAAGGACUCACUGGGACCAGACCCACGUCUGAUGGGGAGGAACCAGAGGCUGGAGUCCUGAUGAGCAGAGAGGAGCUGCUGCAGCUGAGGGGAAAGACUCAACUGUGGCCCCUGAUGGAGGGACUGUCGGCCCUCAACCAGCUGCGGCUCUGCACAGACCUGCUGCUCCUGGCUCUGUCUCCGGGCGACCACAAUGCGGAGGUCUGCUUACGGCGGCAGCUUUCCAGACAUCUUCGCUUCUGCCUUCAGUCGACGCCGAUGAAUGUGGGGCAGCUGCAGUGUCUGUGGUUCCUGCUGAGCAGCGACGGGCUGCUGGAGAAGCUGCCCCUGGUGUGGUGUGAGCUGCUCUCCGAGGCCCUGGCUGCCCUUUGGACCUGCAGCGUGACCUCUGACCCUGACCGCUGGCUCAGAUGGGACCCCGUGCAUCCAGAGACCGAGCCGGGCCUGAAGCGGCGUCCUGCAGCAGGAAUCACGGGCCCAGCUGUGCUGGGUACAGCGGUGUGGUCCCAUUGCAUUCUGGGAAUGCUGAGCAGCAGUGGGAGCAGCGGUGGAAUGGAGCCGGGGGCCGGGGCCCUGCUGGCCUCGUCUCAUGUCUGCCUCGGGGAGUGGAAGGAGCGGCUCCAGCAGCUGGAGGUGGUCUCCUCCGUGCUGUGGGACAACAUGGCCUUCCCUGCUGCAGCUCCUUUCAGGGCUACAGACCUCCGGCUGCAGGGGGCCGUCCUGCGCCGGCAGCUUCAGAGCAUGGCAGACCUGCUGCCUCCCAACAUGCAGGAGGGCUACAUGGAGAGCUGUGAGAGCCUAGUGGAGCACCCAUACCCUCUCAUCGCCUCCCAGGAGAUCCAGACGGUCCUGAGGAACUUCCUGCCUCCAAACCUGCUGCCUGACGGCCUGAUGGGAGCCUGCAUGGCCUGCCUCCAGCAGUUUGUCCAGGGCAGGGUCCAAGGUGGAGGCGUGCCGGCCCACAGCGGGGCGUUCUGGGUCCACAUGGGCCUCCUGCAGGUCCGAGUGUGGACACCGCAGAGCAUCUUUGAUCCAGCAGUGAAGAGGGCCUACAAACUGAACUACGCUCAGCAGGAGCUGGUUCUGCUGCAGGAUGAGUGGAAAACUCGCAGCUUGUCCUCUGAGCUGAAGACCGGAGAGGAGCUGAGAGAAAGCAGCACCACUGAUGGCUUCCAGCAUCCUCGAAUCAGGUAUCUGUGGAUCCGCAUGCAGCAGCUGAGGGAGCAGAUAGCGGAGCUCUCCAGGAAGCAGGCUUUCCGCCCUCAGGAGCCUCAGUACGGCCGGCUCUUCCAGGACCUGCAGCAUUACCUCAGCAGCGUGGGCCACCUGUCGGCCGUAGAGGAGCUGCUGUCUCAGCUGCUGAAGGCCCUCAGGGAGCCUUCAGCCUUCAGGUCCCGCUCAGCCAUCCAGGCUCUGCUGAAGGAGGAGGCUGUGUGGCAGAGCUCCCAGCAGCGCUUCUGCCAGAAGCUGAUGGAGGACUACCCUCUGUUCCCCGACCUGGUGGGGCCCCUGAGGACCGGCCUUCUACAGCUGCAGCACGGCAUGAGGCUGGUGGCCUCUCAGGUGGCCGCCUCUCUGACUCCUGUCCCGGGUCUGUCCAAGGUGGUGUCCUGCUUACUGUCCUUCCCCUCCGUGUCCCCUGGCCUCCCGUCAGACCUGGCCCGGGCAGAGUUUCUCUGCUCCACGGCGUGCAUGGACGUUCUGCAGAGCCUCGUGAAGCUCCUGCCCAAAGAAGACGCCGACGCUGUGAUCCCCCAGCCCUCCGCUCUGCUGCUGAAUGCUCUGCUCUACCUGCAGUGUGACUCCCUGUCCACAGGGGAGCUGAGCCACGACGCCUGCUGUCUCUUCAGACACAUCUGCCAGGCUGUGGUGAACGAGUGGGACAACCAGGAGAGGAGGAAGCGAGAGCAGGAGCAGAUGGAGGCGUCUCUGUACCGCAGCCGCAGCCGUCUGCACGGGUCGGGCCUGACGGAGGACGAGCAGGAGGAGAAGGACUUCAGGCGCCAGUUUCCUCAGUUCAACAAGGACUUUGCAGAUAUAUUGACCCAGCCCAGUCUGGAAGGCCCGGGCGACUCGGAGCCGGAGGCGGAGGAGGACGGGGCCGAUCCGGGGGCCGCCGAGCCGGGCUCCUUGUCUGCACACGCCAUGAACGCGGUGGUCCAGGUGCAUCAGAGCAUGUGUCUGGGUUACGCCCGCUCGCUUUGGUACCGGAGCGCACCGCCGGCCAAUCACAGCAAAGGACACAUCAAGGCCCUGAUCUCCUCCCAUCAGAUCGCCUCUCCUCUGAUGUCCCACUGCUACCAGCUGAUGGACUCAGAGCUGGAUCUCCAGCUGACGGGCUGCGGCCUGUUGCUCUCCACCCUCCUCCAGAACACGGUGAGGGGCUCCGGGGGUUCUGAGCUGGCCGCCUCCCCAGAGGGACCGUAUGACUUCUAUCAGCAGCCUAACGUGGGCGAAGCCGGCCUCUGCCUGCCGGUUCUGGAGCAGCUGAGUGAGGCGGUGAGACGGCGGCUGGAGGAGUGGCCCGAGCACCCCGCUCUGCUCCAGCUGGUGGUGGUGAUGGAGAGGAUCACGUCCUUCAGCCUGGCCUGCCCGCUGGCCAAGUUCCUGAACGGGCUGGAGAUCCUGCUCGCCAAAGCCCAGGACUGGGAGAACAACGCCAGCCGCGCGGCGUCUCUGCGGAAGGAACUGGAACCAGUCAUCCAGCUCAUCAUCCAGUGGCGUAAACUGGAGCUGAAGUGCUGGUCCAGCAGCCUGGACAACGCGCUGAAGAGACACACGGAGAAAUCCACCAAGCACUGGUUCUCCCUCUACCAGCUGGUGGAGCGAUACCUGGAGGAGCAGAGGACCCAGGCGCCCUCAGGAGAGCAGGCAGAGAGCCUCUCCCUGUCCUCCAUCUCCUCCACCCUGGAAGCCUUCAUGGAGAGCUCCACCCUGGGCGACUUCCACACCCGUCUGAGGAUGCUGCUCAGCUUCCACUGCCACCUCCUGCUGGUCCCAGACCUGCCAGGACAAGGCUCUCUGUCCAGGCUCCUGUGGAACCUGCACAGAUACUACAGCCAGUUCUCCGAGUCCGUCCAGGGAAAGAUGCUUCAGCUCCGGCAGCCGAUAGAGAAGGAGCUCAAAGACUUUGUCAAGAUUUCCAAGUGGAACGAUGUCAGCUACUGGUCCAUCAAGCAGUCGGUGGAGAAGACCCAGCGCACCCUCUUCAAGUUUGUGAAGAAGUUUGAGGAGGCUCUGAGUAAACCCAGUCUGGCUGCACUGGUGGAAGUAGGCAGCGUGGAAGAAGAGGGCGUGGCCACUGGCCCAGAGGAGGGCGCCGUCCAUCGGGUCCAUCGCGCGCUGAAGGCGGCCGUGCCCGGCCAGGGCAGAGAGCUGCAGGACCAGGAGCUGGAGGACGGAGCUGGAUCCCUGCAGAGCCGGCUGCCCGUUUUGUUCCGCAAAAUGAAGAAGAUGUGCAUCCAGCUGCUGAAGAAGGACUCCGUACCUGAACUGGCUGAAGAUCUGGACCAGUUUACCAGUGAGAUCAUCAGCAACCUGCGCGAGCUGCAGAGCCUCAGCGUGGACGCGGCGGCGGCGAAGGAGAAGCAGAAGACGGAGGUCAAACACAUCCUGCAGCAGAAGCAGAGAGCGCUGUCUGACCUUUUUAAGAUGCUCUCUGAAUUAGGUCUGUCGUACCGGAAAGGCGUGACAUGGAGCAGAACGGCAGACCCAGAAACCACCCUCUGCAUGCAGCCGCUGGAGAUGACCACGGCGCUCUCUGCUGUGACGGACCCGGGGGAGACCGAGCGCACGUUGUUGGCGGAGCUAAUGGCAGCAUGGGAAGGAUGUCAGAAGUACUUCUACCGUUCGUGGGCCAGGAGGACGGCGCUGCAGACCGCUCUGCAGCACGCCACCAAGGAGCUGGGGGUUGGGAACAUAGAGCGCUGCAGAGGCUUUUCCUCGCACCUGUUCAAGGUGCUUCUCAGACAGAGGCACCGGCUGGCCCAGCUGACCGAACACUGGCUCUGCCUCAGGAAGCUAACAGCCAACGUCCAGGAUGUCAGAGCCCACCUCCAGACGGCGGGCUGCCCCCUCCCCCCCCAGAAGCCUCUGCAGGGCUGGAUCCAGAGAGGCCAGGCGCUGGCGGCCCAGUGUGCCGCUCUGCUGCAGCAGCUGUCAUGGCUGCUGCAGUGCUGUCCUGAAGACGCCCAGCAGAAGGAGCAGGGCGGCAGCGGGCAGCAGACCCCGAUGUGCCCGUCCCCUCUGGCUGCUCAGCAGCAGCCCCCCGGCUGCCUGUUGAGGAGGGGGGACCCCAGUUGGUGCCAGCUCCACCAGCGAGUGGUUGCGAUGCUGAAGGAUGCUCAGAGUCUGAGGGAGCAGCUGGGCUCUGUAGCACAGCAGAAGGAGAGGGUUCUCUGCACAUGGAGCAGUUUUGCCUCCUGCUGUUCUGCCAUGGAACAGCUGGGAACUGUAGCCGCUCAGAUCUCCAGCAUGGAGCACCUCUUCUCUCCCGUCAUCAAAGUGGGCGGGGCAAACAGCCAGCCAGCCGUUACGCAGAGCCUGCAGUAUGUCCGAGGACAGGUGGAGACAUGCGUUACAGAGUUCAGCACCUGGAAGAGCCAGCUGCUGUCCCUGGGAGAGCCAGAGCCCACAGAUCAGCCGUCCGCGUUCUCUACAGACUUCUCUGCUGAGCUGGAGGCAAACAUCAACGCGGUUCUGUGCGCCGUCCAAAGAGUGGUGAAGAGAAGAGAGAAGGAGCAGGAAGCAGAGAAACCCAGAGAUCCAAAGACAGACGAGGAAACCGAGGAGCCUGUGGAGGACCUGCUGAAGCCUGGUCAUCUGACUCGGCUGCUGGAGGAGGAGCUGGAAGCUGAUCUGGAGGCUUUGUCUGUUGGCAGCGUGAAUAUGGGAGUAACUGAGCUUCUGAGCCGUAUGAGGAGACACAGGGAUUCCUGUCAGCCACCACAGCUUCAGGAGCUGAACCGCGCCUGCAGGAUGUUGGUCCGUUUCGAACCACUGCUGGGGAUUUACUCAGACCUGGUGCGUCACUACCUGUCUGUGUCGGUCGGAGUGCACAGAUGCACAGGGAAGCUGCUCUCUGUUCUGUCCGGCAUCUUCACAGAGCUGGCCCAGAAGGGUUUCUGCCUGCCCCAGGAGCUGCUGCCUGGCGGAGAUGGAGAGGGCGCCACAGAGUUUCAUGACUAUGAGGGCGGCGGCAUUGGAGAGGGAGAAGGCUCCAAAGAUGUCAGCGACAAAAUCGAGACUGAAGAUCAGGUGGAGGACACCUUCCAGGAGGGGGUGGAGAAGGAGGAGCAGCAGGAUAAAGAAAACAUCAAGAGUGAAGACAAUGCCAUUGAAAUGUCUGAAGACUUUGAUGGACGGGUGCAUGAUGGAGAGCAGAAUGAAGCCGGUGAGGAAGAGGAGUCUGAGGAGGAGGAUAAAGAGGAGCUGGAUAAAAAGAUGGGAGACCUGGGAGAAGGUCAGACGGACACUUUGGACGAGAGAAUGUGGGGUGAUGAUGAAGAUGAUGAGGAGGAGGGGAGUGAUAAGGAAGAGGAGUCUGGACAGGGCAUGGAUCAGGGAGAAUCCGAACUGGUUGCCAAGGACGACAACUUGGAUGCAGCAGAGUCCAACACGGAGAAGAAGAAGAGCCAGGAGGAGGAUGAACAGAUGUGUGAGGAGGAGGCGGAGAAGAUCCACGAGCAAGGAGAUCAGAGAGAGUUUGAUGAGAAUGAGGUGGACCCCUUCCACGGUCAGCAGGACAAGAGACCGGAGCCAGAGGCCAUGGAUCUGCCAGAGGACCUCAACCUGGACCAGGAUGAAGAGGCUGGAGAGGAUGAGGAGUGCGAGGGAGAUGAGGAGAACCCGUUAGAUAUCGCUGACAAAGCCCCGGAACUGGAGGAGAAAGAAGGAGAACAGAAAGAUGGAGAGGAAGAGGAGCCGGGAGACACUGAGAUGGAGGAGAACCCUAGAGAGGAGGAGCCACAGACGGAGGAGGAGGAGGAGGAGAAAGGACAGGAGAAGGUAUCAGAAGAGGAGGAGGCUGCUGAUGAGGACGAAGAAAAGGAGGGGGAGGAGGAUAAGGAGGGACGGGAAGAAAGAGAGGAGGCGACUGCACCGAAGGACGGCGGAGAUAAAGCGAAGGCGGAACAGGAGGAGGAGGAGGAAGGGGACGACGAGGAGCCUGCUUCUGCUGAGAGGAAGGAGCACAGCGCGGACGGUCAGACUGGAGAGGAGAACAUUCAGAGCGAGGCGGCGGUGGAGCUGGCGGGGGCGGCUUCAGAGAGAGACCAGGCCAAGGAGGAGCAUGGCAGUGGAGCGGCUGACGCCAGCCAAUCAGAGGGCCACCAGUCCAAGCUGACGGCCAGGAUGGCCUCACAGACACAGACUCGGAGCAAGACGCAGAGCUACAAGAGGAAACCCGGCCGAGCAGAUAAGGAACGGUCCACGGGCGACUACAACGAGCGCGUCAGCAAGCGCCUGCGUACGGUGGAGGGCAGCCAGGAGCGCACGGAGAACAGGCAGACCGAAGGCCAGCAGGAGUCUGAGCUGUACGAACACAUCAAAGAUGGAGAGGCGGCGUACGACGCGCAGACUUACGAUGUCGCCAGUGCGGAGCAAGAAAAGGCAGCAGGACCUCAGAGGGACCAGGAGGAGGAGGAGGAUGUCGCCAUGGAAACGGAGGACCAAGAGGAACAGCUGAAAUCUGCCGACGUAGAGGAGCUGAAGCCUGACCACCUGGAGGCUGCCAAGUUCUCCCAGAAAGGUGUGGAGGGCGGAGAAAUGGAGGCGCAGCAGCAGGAUGAGGAAGACGAGAGGCCGAAGGACCGACAACAUCAACCCGUAGAGGAGGAGCGAGCUGAAAGAGGCAGAGAAUCCAGCAUCCAUACUGUUCCUGAGCUCCUGCUGCACCCCGUGCAGAAACCAGAGCGAGACCCAGAGGAGCUGAGGAGGGAGAUGGAGCUGCAGCUGGAGUCCUGGAGGAGACUAGCUCCAGGUUCUCAGGAGGAGGAGGCAGCAGCAGCCUCCAUGUGGCUCCGGUACCAGACCCUGACCUCGGCUCUGUCGCAGCAGCUCUGCGAGCAGCUCCGCCUCAUCCUGGAACCCACGCAGGCCGCCAAGCUCAGGGGGGAUUACCGCACAGGGAAGCGUCUGAACAUGCGGAAGGUCAUCCCGUACAUCGCCAGCCAGUUCCGCAAAGACAAGAUCUGGCUGAGAAGGACCAAGCCCAGCAAGAGAGAGUACCAGAUCUGUCUGGCAGUGGACGACUCCUCCAGCAUGGUGGACAACCACUCCAAGCAGCUGGCGUUUGAGUCGCUGUCUGUGAUCAUCAACGCUCUCACCCUGCUGGAGGUGGGACAGGUGUCUGUGUGCAGUUUUGGCGAGCAGAUGCAGCUCCUGCAUCCUUUCCAGCAGCAGUUUAACGACGAGUCCGGCGCGCGAAUUCUCCGCCUCUGUCAGUUCCAGCAGAAGAAGACCAGGAUCGCACAGUUUCUGGAGACGUCAACGAAAAUGUUUCUGUCGGCCCGGCAGCACAUCCCAGGAUCCAUAACCUCUGAGACGGCCCAGCUGCUGCUCAUCGUGUCCGACGGCAGGGGGCUGUUCCUGGAGGGCAAGGAGCGCGUGAUGGCAGCCGUGCAGGCGGCGCGCACCGCCAACAUCUUUGUGAUCUUCGUGGCGCUGGACAACCCCAACACUCGGGACUCCAUCCUGGACAUCAAGGUGCCCGUUUUCAAAGGACCUGGAGAGUUACCAGAGAUCCGCUCCUACAUGGAGGAGUUCCCCUUCCCUUUCUACGUCAUCCUGCGAGACGUCAACACCUUGCCGGAGACCCUGAGCGACGCACUCAGGCAGUGGUUUGAACUCAUCACCGCUGCUGACCAAUAAACAGACGAGGAGCUUCAUCCUCAGGAGGAAGAUCGGAUCUGCUGCUGCUUCAGGAAACUUUCCUUUUGUGCCUUUAAUGGGAGGUUUCCCAGCACUUUGACUCACAGACCAACAUCAGGCAACAUCAACGACUCUUCUGAAGGUCAUGAUGUUCUAGAGGGGGACUAAUAAUGUGCCUUGGAGAAGCCAGCAGGGUGAAAGCCCUGUCAGGAUAUCCACCUACAGUCAUUAUUUCCAUGUUUGGUUCAGCUGCUGUCGACAUGGAAAGCCUCACAACACGUGUAGGAAACUUUUUAAUGUGAACAUGAGCAGAAAUGAGCAGUUAUGUCAUCUUUACCUGCUGCUGUGAAUAAUGAAAAUAAUUUAUGGUUGUUCCACAGAGAGAAAGAAAACGCUUCUUCUCCUCCACAGAUUGCAACCAUUUGUUUAACCAAUGAUAAUAAAGAUUUAUGGCUCAGA